GUGGCGUGGUUGCGUGUAGAUACACAAACAAUUCUUACGAUACAAAAUCAUGUCAUAACUAAAAAUCAGCGCAUUGGCAUCACUAAUUCAGAACAUAAAACUUGGACAAUGAAAAUCAAGGAUAUUAAAGAGACCGAUAAGGGCUGGUACAUGUGUCAAAUAAAUACAGAUCCAAUGAAAAGUCAAAUGGGGUACUUGGAUGUGGUGGUACCGCCGGAUAUCCUAGAUUAUCCCACAAGCACGGACAUCACUGCAACCGAGGGCAACAACGUGACGCUGAAAUGCGCUGCUACCGGCUCGCCAGAGCCAACAAUUACUUGGCGACGUGAGAAUGGGGUACUAAUUGAGCUAGCAAACGGUACAGAAGUACUCAGCGUGGAAGGCGUAGACUUGAUGCUGCCAUCGGUUAAGCGUCAACACAUGGGCGCAUAUUUAUGUAUUGCCUCAAAUGGUGUACCUCCAACCGUCAGCAAAAGAAUAUCAUUAGUUGUACAUUUUCCACCUGUAAUAACAGUACAGAACCAGCUAAUUGGAGCUGUUGAAGGAAAGGGUGUUACCUUGGAAUGUCAAUCGGAAGCAUAUCCAAAGUCAAUUAAUUAUUGGACUCGUGAAAGAGGUGAAAUUGUCCCACCUGGUGGAAAGUAUGCCUCAAACACAACAGAAAUUGGUGAAUACCGUAGCUUGAUGAGGUUGCACAUCAGCGUGUUAAAUCAAGCUGAAUUCGGCGCCUACCGGUGCGUAGCAAAGAACGCUUUGGGAGACACUGACGGAGCUAUUAAGUUAUACCGCAUUCCACCAAACUCAGUGAACCAUGUGGACAACUAUGAAGGACGAUAUAAAGGUAAAAAACGUAAUAAAAGCUCUGAGCUCUAUCAUCCCUCAAAGGCGUCUGAGAAUGGCGAGGAAGCAGAAAAUCCUGGCAAACGAAAAGAUGUUAUAUUGAGCAGCGAGAACGAUGACAGCUACUACGAUAGCUCAGCUGUAACCCGAUGGCAACUCAAUAGUAAAAGCAACUUAGCAUUAGCGCUAACAAUGCUUUGGAUGCUGCUGGUGCUCACAUCCACAGCAAUGUCAAGAUGUGUGACUGAAGCUUUGCAGCUUCUCCAACACUGAUUUAUGUGGAACUGGCAUUUUUGAUGCAGUGAUUAGUUUUGACUUGCUGUUAAGUAAGUUACGUACUUAUGUAUACAGACAUAAAUAUGUAUGUGCAAGUAUAAUGUAAAGUAAUAUCUGAAAUAUAAAUUCUUUUAAA